GUUGCGUUAAGCUUAGCUGUAUUCACAGAUUUUGCUUGGUGGAAUUAUAAUUUAUUUUCUUCAUUUUGGGUUUUAUUUUUGUUUAAUUAUUAUUAUUAUUUUUUUUUUUUUUUUACAAUUUUACAUAAAAGUCAAAGCAGAAGACUGUGAAUUUCUCCUAGUCUUCUUGCCUCUUGCGUCACUUGGGCAGCUCUAAUUUUUUUCAUCUUUCUUCCCUUUUCUUCUUCUGGGUUUACUUUUGGAAUAGUUUAAGCUUCUGGGUUUUGCUCAAAUUUCAAUUUUACUGAAUUCCAGCUUCAGAUUUUGGGUGUUCUUGGGUAAAAUUGUGUUGGGUUUUGUUCGAAAUUGUUGGUGUUUUUGGUUCAUUUCUGGAUUGUUGGGCGCUAAAGAUUGUCUCAUUUCAAAGGAGUUGUACUAUUUAUUUGGUUAUUUGGAGGUUACUAUUCCUGAAUUGAUAGAGGUUGUGGAGGUGGUGAUGAUGGUUGUUCAUGAGGAGCCAAACAGUGAGGGUUGGAGUGCAAGCUGAAAAGGCGGCUUCAAACGGGAUGCCGAGUUUUGAUCCUCCGACACCAAUAUCUAAUACACUUGAAGCAAGCUCUAUUUCCUGUCGAGUUUCUGAUUUUGGACUUUUGGAGCAAACAAAUGGGUUCCUGGUGGAAAAUACUGUAGGUCUUAGAAACUCUGUGAUUAGCUCAACCAUAUCAGUUGGGGGUCAAGUUGUUCCAUCUGAUCCUUUUCAUAGCAUCUCUAUUAAGAAGGCAUCACCAGGUUUACUAUAUAUAAAUCCAUCUGCUACGCAAUCGCAAUCCAGUCUACAUAAGAAUCUGGUUUCUUUUUCUAGUGGUAGUUUGGAAAAUUGGGGAGAGUCUAACAUGGCAGACGGUAGUCCAAGAACAGAUAUUUCAACGGAUGCAGACACAGAUGAAAGAAACAAGAGGUUUGAUAUAGUUACAUCGGCUCAUGCAGCUUCUGAUUCGAGUGACAGAUCCAAGGAGACUAAAGAUCAGAAGACUCUACGAAGGCUUGCUCAGAAUCGUGAGGCAGCAAGGAAAAGUCGGCUGAGAAAAAAAGCAUAUGUGCAACAGCUGGAGAGUAGCAGAUUAAAGCUUACUCAACUCGAGCAGGAGCUCCAACGAGCACGACAACAGGGAAUUUUUAUCUCAAGCUCAGGGGAUCAAGCCCAUUCAAGUGGUGGAAAUGCUGGAGCAAUGGCCUUUGAUGUAGAACAUGCUCGCUGGCUGGAAGAGCAAAACCGUCAGAUCAAUGAAUUAAGAGCAGCAGUUAAUGCUCAUGCUGGUGAUGCUGAACUUCGUGUCAUUGUUGAUAGUGUCGUGGCACAUUAUGAUGAUAUUUUUAGGCUCAAGUCCAAUGCUGCCAAGAAUGAUGUUUUUCAUCUUUUGUCGGGUAUGUGGAAAACGCCUGCGGAGAGGUGCUUUCUGUGGCUAGGAGGCUUCCGUUCAUCUGAGCUUCUUAAGCUUCUUGUAAACCAGCUGGAACCUCUGACCGAACAACAAGUAAUUAACAUUCAGAACUUGCAGCAGUCUUCACAACAGGCUGAAGAUGCAUUGUCUCAGGGAAUGGAGGCCCUGCAGCAGUCACUGGCAGAAACUUUGUCGAGUGGUAAUCUUGGUUCAUCAGGUUCAUCUGGAAAUGUUGCAAAUUAUAUGGGUCAAAUGGCCAUGGCUAUGGGAAAACUUGGUACCCUUGAAGGAUUUAUUCGCCAGGCUGAUAACUUACGCCAACAAACGCUACAACAAAUGCACCGGAUAUUGACGACACGACAGUCAGCUCGUGCACUUUUAGCAAUUCAUGAUUAUUUCUCCAGGUUGCGUGCUUUGAGUUCCCUUUGGCUUGCCCGUCCAAGAGAAUGACAACCUUUUAACUCGUUAAUCAGGAGUAGCUUUGUUAAAUGGCUGGCGCGGGUUUAUUUGAGAGAUCAGCAUGCCAACCCCAUUCGUUCAUCGGCCCACAAGUCAUUGCCUGUGUAUUAUCAACACCAUGACCAACACUGUUGUACCAUAUUUACUGAUUAGAAAGUUGUGAGUUUCUAUCAUUGUUUUCCGCUUCAAGGAGAUCAGUGAUGGAAUAUUUAAAAUUGGCUUGUAGUUCUGUUGAUGUAUUGAUUAUCAUGGGUAAAUUAUUUGAGAAAAUGAAAGUGUUCACACCAAAUUUGAUAUACUAAAUUUUAUGUGAUGCAUUUGUAGUUUGGCCGUGUUAAAAAACGUUUUCAGAGUGUA